GUAAUUCUUGGAAACGAGUAACUAUUUGACUAUAUACUCUUACAAGGUAGUGUUUAUUGUUUAUAUUGUUAUAUGAACAUAUAGGUAUGUAAUUUUGUACUGGUAUGUAUUGUUAUAUGAACAUAAGGUCUGUAAUUGUAUAGGCUAUAUUACUAGCCUAUUUAUUAAACUAACCAAUUUGAACAUGUAAAUUUCACACACUAGUUACCUUUUGGAUAAGUUAUAUCAAACUCCGCUUACAUCGCUUAAAACAUGUGAUAUAUGACUAAAUAUCUAUUUAUGGUAAGGGGAAAACCAGUUUAAUAGCUCUUGUUAUUAAGUCAUUUAUUUGCAUAUCCAUACAUGAAUUUAAUCAUUGCACGUCUAGAGACUGUGUAAUCGAGUCUUGUAGAACGCAGACUACUAUCACAGAGUAAAAUUAAUUCGUUCAUCUUCUAAUAUCAUCUGUAGAAGCCGGUAUAAGUAAUUCAAAGUACAGUUAUUCAAGGACGAUCUAUUCAAGGCAUCAUGUCAGGCAAGAUAAAUAAUGGUAAAGGGAAAUCUUCAGCAAGACAUUCCACUAAGAAGAAUACAAUCCCCCAAAUAGAAACACAGCCAUCAGCUAGUACCAGUAGUAGUACAGAUACAGUAUCAGCUUUAGUUUCACAUGGCAAUACUAGUACAGAAAUCCGGGUAUCUAUUAUAGGAAAGACAGGAGUUGGUAAGAGCGCAUUAGGAAAUGCGCUGUUACAACAAGAUACUUUUAAAUCACAACAACAGCCCACCUCUGUAACAUCAGAAUGUGGUUUAGGACAACGACAUCUUCAAUUAAAUGGUGUGGAUUCCUUACUAAAAGUUGUGGAUACACCAGGUUUGUUUGACACGGGUAACAGUAACAAAACAAUAGCUAAGGAAAUCGUUAAAUGUAUUAAUAUUUUAUCACCAGGGCCACAUUUAUUUAUCUUUGUCUUUCGAAUCGACUUAAGACUCUCACAAGAGGACAUAAAAGUUCUUGAAUAUUUUAAAAAUACUUUCGGUGAAUUAAUUGAUAAAUUUGCCGUUGUGGUAUUUACUGGGAAAGAUCAUCUGAGAAACAGAAGUGAAGAAGAGGCUAUGCAUGAACUUCAUACUCAGUUAUCAACAUUUAGUGAUGUUUUUAAACACCGCCGAUACGCAACGAUCAAUAACAUAGAUGAAACAGAAGGCAAGAUGAAGGAUGUGAACAGAAUCUUACAAUUACUUCAGACAACUAUACAGAAUAAUGGUGGAGACUUUUAUGAAAACGAAAUGUACGAAGAGGCGAAGAAAUUAUUUGAGGCAAGAAUAUGCGACGAAGAAGAUGGCAAACAAAAAGCUUUAGCUGAAAGAGACGAACUUAAGAAAGAACAAAUUCGCCAAGAACAGAUUUGGCAGAAAGAGAAGGAGCAACUCACGAAACAAUGCGAGAAACAGAAUCGCCAAGAACAGAUUUGGCAGAAAGAGAGGGGACAACUCAUGAAACAAUGCGAGAAACAGAAUCGCCAAGAACAGAUUUGGCAGGAAGAGAAGGAGCAACUCCUGAAACAAUGGACUGAAGAACGUGCUAAAUUGAUUGAAGAUACAAGAAAAAAGGAAAUCGAUUUGGACAAAAGAGAAAUGGAAAUUCAACUGCUAGAAAGGGAAAGACAAUCAACACAGUGGUUAAGUUCAACUAGCAGACAAUCAUACACUGAACUAGCCAGUACUUCAACAUUUCAUCAUGGCAGCAGCCUUAAUACACUCAAUAUAUCUCGUGCUAAGAAACGCAAAUAUGAACCAAGUCGUAGAGAGAGAGGAAAGAUGUUUCAAGAGGAUGAAAAAAACAUUAAAGAUAAUUAUGCGUUUCUACUGGAUAAUAUAACUGAUCCGGAACGUUUAUCGGAUCGUCUGUUUGGAAAAUCAGUUUUUGAUACGGACGAUAUGGAAAAAAUAAAAGACGUAAAAGGAAAAAGGGCUAUGACCCGUGAACUAGUUAAUACAUUACUUAAUGGCGGACCAAAUUCCUACCAAAGUUUCAUUGAUAGUUUAAAGGAAGAAGGUUACACGACAAUAGUUGAACAAUUAGAAUCAAGUAGAGAUGAGAGCCAUGAAGAAAUGAUAAGAGGAUUGGGUGAUAGAAACCAGUUAAUGCUUGGUGGAAUCGAUGAACACUAUGAUGUAUCAUAUUCAGAAGUCGGGAACAGAUCAGAGAUACACAAGGACCAUGGCGAGGUUGAUGUUGUGAAAGUUGUGGUCAAGAAGGCCAACAACACUGUUAUUUUAUCGAAGGUGAAGUCUGACCAUCAAAAGAUCAACGUAAAGCAGGAGAUAAUAUCAACAUGUCGACGUAAUGUUAAAAAUAUCGCCAACUGUGUUUUGUAUGAGAACCAAGACUCCAUGUUUAACGAUGUAUUAGAAGAUGAGCAAGAAGAUCAUGUUAAAACAACUGAUAUAGCAGUAGAUAUGACAGCUAGAACGAGUGACCCAGUAGGCCUAGCGAUUAAACAAGAACCACUCGAAAUGGAUGGGACUUAUGGGGUAACGCAACCAACUAUUAUGUCAUCCAAUACAAGACCAGAUACGGAUGAUACAGAUCACUUACUAAUAGAUGAAGAAAGCAAAGGGAUGACAAUUCCAGAUGAUGUUAAAUAUAGUCAGACAUCUAUACAAAACAAUAUGGCCACCACCAUCACAUCAACAACUCCAUUAUUAAACCAACCAUUUGUUACACAAGAUGUAAUAACAACUAACUAUAAUAAAACAACCGACAACAAUAAAAUGGACUGGGAAUCAAUACGUGAAACUUGUGAAUAUGGUACACUUGAUGAUGUCAAAACUUUAAUACAUCAAAAUAUCGAUUUAAAUAUUCCUCUCAAUGAUUAUAAUCAGACACCAGUAUUUUUUUGUGUGUUGUCUGACAAACAGCCGGUAGAUAAGAUACAGUUACUCUUCUCUGCCGGUGCCAUGUUACAUGUUAAGAAUCGUUAUGGUAAUAGUUUAUUACACUGUGCGUGUCUGUGGGGUACAAUAGACUGUGUAAAAUAUUUAUUGGAACAAGGACUUGAUACAAAUGAUAGGAAUGAUGGUAAUGAGACACCAGUAUUUUAUUGUGUGAUGUCUAACAAACAGUCGUUAGAUAAGAUACAGUUACUCUUCUCUGCCGGUGCCAUGUUACAUGUUAAGGGUCGUUAUGGUAGUUUAUUAGACUAUGCUCGUCUGUGGCGUAGAAAAGAAUGUGUAUCAUAUUUACGUGAAUUAGGCCUUGAUAAAUAGAAUAUAAAUGUCAAGUGUCGUGAUUAUGGUAGUUUAUUAGACUGGACUCGUCGGUGGCGUAAAUCAAAAUGUGUAUCAUAUUUAUUUUAAAUAGGCCUUGAUAAAUAGAAUAUAAAUAAUCAUACAACAUCUUUAUUUUACUUGUUAAUAAUUCUGUUAGAACUAAAUGAUGAAGAUGUUUUAUUUUGAUGUAAAUUUAAAGAUUUGUUAUAAACCAUUUUCUGUCAAUCAACAACAUUCUGUACACAGACUGGCUACCUGUCAGCCAUUAAAACUAGUAACACGUCAUUACAAGUUUUUACAACGUCAUUGGUUAUUACGUCACAAGUCAAUAGGUCACGUUAAAUCUAUUUAUAAACAAAUUGAAAGUAGUAUUACCAGGUUGAAUAACAGGAAUAGAAAAUCAACUGAUGUGAUGUUUUGGUGGUCAUCAAAGUCAACUUUAACCCAAUAUUGUUUUAAAUAACAACACAAUGAAUUAUAUUAACCAAGAGAUAUGAUUGGAGAGGAAUAGAAUAAUAUUUGAAAUGAUGUUGAAAGAAUAUAUUUACUAUAGAAGAGCUGCUGUAUUCGAACAUACACCGUCAUUAAAAGUUGUUUGUGAUAAUUUGAUACGUGAUUGUGUCAAGAGAUAUCCACUAGAAAACUGUCCACCGUUUUAGCUGAAGAUCCUGAGAAUCAAUUGAAAGGUCGUAAAAAUCAGAUAGAGAGAGUUUAUUGUGGUCAUCUGUUUCAUAAUGGUUGUUUAGAUACGUACAUGAAAACACCUUCAUUUAUAGGAGGUAAAAAAUGUCCUUCCUGUGAUAUACGAAUGAAAAAUGGAAAGUGUCAGCUGAAGUAAUGGACAAUAGAUGUGCACAUAAACAAGCUAAACAAAGAGAACUAGAAGAAGUUGUAGAUUUCUUUAAAAAAUUGAAAUAAUUUAAAAUAUACCUCUACUUUUGUAGAUAAACAUACCAAAUAUAUAUAUUCCACAAUCUUGGCUUCAAAUUUACAAAAAUAUUUAUUUACAUUGUAUUCAAUGUCUGACAUUUGAGAUAUUGAGGAAUCCUUUACAAACUACAAUAUUGUAAAAAUUGAAUCUCUGGGAGGCGUGUCAGUAUAAAAAUAUUCUGUUGAGUAUUUUACAAAGAUAUGAUAAAUUAAAAACGUGUCAAUAUUCGGAAUCUUCUACAGAUGAUAUAAAUGGGGUAUGAUCAAAAGUCAAGGCCACCUGUAAUCUUCUGUUUUAUCCGACUUGGGAGAUUUUCUACCGUUAAUUUUUCUUUCUUAAAUAUGCAAUAUAUUGUAAUAUAUAGAAUCCGGUCUUUUAUAUAGGCCUAUUGUAAUAUUUGAUAUAAAACUUACAAGUUCUACUUACUUGUUAGCCUCCAUCUUGUGUCACGUCCAUCUUAGCACCGACUUCUCAGAUUGUUACAUAUAUUUCUAUUUGAUCAUUGUUAACACUAGUAUUUCAUCUCCUGUUUUAACUUGUUUUAAUUAUGACAAAGUGAGAAGAUGACCAGCCCUCUCUUCUCUUCUCACGACAGCGAUGUUAAAACUGUGUUUUAAAGUGACUUUUAGAUAUACAAGAACUUUUUAUUAUUUAGUGUUUUUACCUAUUUUCUAUAUAUUACUCAUUCAGAUGUAAAUAACUUAAUUAAAUCAACCUGUCCAUAAUAUCGUGCAAUAAACAACAACAACGCCCUAAGGGCAGAUAACUGUUCGUUGUAUUAAUAUGUAACCAAGAGAUAAAACCGAAACUUUUUAACAACUACCGUAUAUUCACAACCUUUUAACUAAUUAGAAAGGUGAGAAUCGUGGUCGUGAUGGAACUUGGUCAUACAUGUUAAUGUUACAAAUGUCAUCAUUAAUCGGCAGAAUAUGCCGCCAUUAUCACCGGGUAAACCAAUGUGCGACGUCAAGGACGUUAAGGGUUUGUGAACGUUAUCUCCCAUAUUUAAUAUAUUAUAGAAUGAUUUACUAACUGUAUUUUAUUGUUAUUCAUGUCAUGACAUAACCUUGAAAUAAAGGAACGGGCAUAUUGAACGUA